AGUAACUCAAAGACACCAUGAAACCCGCGCCGCGGAUGAAGUUUUGAUUUAUGAUUUGAAAUCAAAGAAAUUAUCAUGGAAUCUAACACCUCAGAAUUUCUCAUGAAAGCAGAUGACUGCGAAAUAUUUGGAUGGAUUUUUGAUUAUGCUGCAUGGAUGGCAUGGGACGAGUUCCAGCGAAAUCAUACCGUCGAUUCCAGAACAGAAAGGUCAUUCAUGACGGGAGUGAUGGAAUACACCCCAGGGGUGAACCAAGAAAGGAUCCACCAUGUUGAGUUUGUCCAUCUCCUCUGCCUGUUGGCUGACGGUGAGAAGGUCGACCUGUGUUACACCAGGGGAGAUGAAGCCCAUCGUACACCCCUGGAGAUUGCCUUGGAUAACGUCACCAAGCUCGAGGAAAGCCUGAAACAGAAGAGCCCGAUGCGGAGCGAAAUGGCCGAAAUGAGACGACUCAUCAAGAUUCAGGCCGUUCUUGCUCUGUUGAGGGCUCGGGAUACACAGUCUGCCAAGGAUCUUCUGUUAGCAUUGUGGCCAAAGCAAAUUAAACGAUCAGCAGAAGACAAGGAGGUUGUGACUACUCUGAAUGCCAUGAUAGAAGGCAAGAAGAACAAGGCAUUUGAUGCGGCACACAGCCAUCCAAAGUUCUGCCAGUCGCUGAUACCCAUCCUGAAGCAGGUCCAUGACCAGUUCAAGAGGCCGUUCCUCAUCGAGGUAAUUGCCAAGAAGAAGGACAUCCAGACGGCAAAGCCAGCUACCGUCAUCCCUCAUAGUCAAUUAAAGAAGGCAUGUGGACCCAAAAUGUGGAAAAAAGUCCUUGAGGCAUCAGAGAAAAUGGUGGAAGAAGGCAAGGCCUCCAGUUCAAGCUCAUCUCCGAGAAGUACUCCAAGACGUGGUCUAAAGUUGCCGGCUUCAUCAACUUCAGAAGAAGAGCCUAGUCCUGCGAAAAGGGGAAGAAGCAUCCGAUCGCUGAGGUAUGGACAGAGUUCCAAGAUUGCCAAGAAGUCGUCGGAUCCUGAAAAGAAUCCAGAGAAAGUUGAGUGGGACAGCAUCAUUGACAGUGAUGAGGAAGGUGAACUGAAAACGAGGAUAAAUGGUGACAAAUCAAUCAACACUCCUGUGAUAAAUGCCACCCUUGGAGAAAUCCCAGGUAAUAUUCCACAUCGAAAGCAUCACAAGAACCCUACACCAACAAAGAGGAGGCCCUGGUCUUCGGAAGAAGAGGAGGAACUGAAGCUUGGCAUCAACCGCUUCGGGGUCGGCAAGUGGGCGGAAAUCAACGAGGCUUAUAGUUUCAACAACAGGACAAACGUGCAGCUGAAGGACAAGUACAGGACAAUGGUGAAACAAGGCCUUAUUUAGACAGAUAUGAAUUGGACUAUGAUAAACUCAGGCCUCAGCGUCAACUUGUCGUCUGGCGAGAUGACUGCAUGAUGAAUACAGGACAAUGGUGAUUCAAUGUCUCCCUAGAUCAGCAACUAGUCGCCUGGCUAGUUUGUGAGACAGCAAGAUAAGUCGAGGAAGA